AUGACGCCUGAGUUGACGGCUUCAAACAUUAAUAGGCGGGUGUGUUGUGUAUUAUCGAACUUUGGUGUGGUUUUAGCUAUCUUGACAGACGUGGCUACCGAUGUAAUUGUAUAUUUUUGUCAUUUUUUAAACGCUUGUAUCGAUUUUGUUUUAGUUCCUGGGUGCGGUUCUACACUUUAUGUACCGUCAAUGCAACAGGUGGGUGUAGCUAGCAAACUAGCAUGCUAAAGAAGUUGGGAGUUAGUUUGCAGUUGCUAAUUUUACAUGAAAUGUUUUAUGUGCCAGUAACGUUAUGUAACAAAUGCUUUUGCUAGUUUUAUUGCUGGUAUUUUCUAAAUUGUGGUGUUUGCUCAUUCAUCUGAAACGUGUUAGUUAACUCACUAGCUGAGUUAGUUAGCAAGCUAGCCAAGUUAUGCUAAGCUAACAGUCAGAUAUCAUACAACUCCCUGUCAGCUGGCAUCUUCAUGUCCAUCUUGUGCCCUUGAUGCUUUGUUUUACAUGAUCUCUGUUGUCAUGCCUUCUGGAGGGAACUGCAUUUUAACAUCACAAAAAAACAUCACUAUAACCUCAAACUUUAUCUAAUCAAAUGUUAAUCUCUCUAGAAUGAGUCUGCAUGAGAUCAAUGAAAACGUGAAACUUGCUCGAGAGUACGCCUUGCUUGGGAACUACAGUUCUGCUAUUGUUUGCUAUCGGGGAGUACUUGAACAAAUCAAGAAAUACCUUUUCACAGUACGGGACAGUAGCUUCCAACAAAGAUGGCAACAGGUAAAAUCUAUGACAUUUGUCAUUUUUAAAACCUAAGUUUGUUUGAUUGGAACCAUUGGAACAGAGUUUUGGUCAGCAAAUGUCACUUCCUAAUGUUGCUCUUGACAUCUCUUUACAGGUAUGGCAGGAGAUAAACGAAGAAAACAAUCAGGUUCAAGAAAUAAUGACAACUCUAGAAAGUUUUCAACUGGAGACCACCCCAUCCAAACCACCAAGUAAUCAAGAAGGCAUUCAUGACAUAUGGCCCGUACAAGUAGAGCGCAGGUACAGCAUGGACUACUUUCACACAAUGUUCUAUUCUAGUGUAUAUAUUUAGAGGCCCCGUCAUUAAUUUACUGGGGAAAUAUAUUCGAGUUGUUUUCAUGUCAUUGCAUUAGUAUCUGAUGGAGUGUGCACUUUGGUUAGUAAGAGGGGAGAAUAAGCCGUUUGUCUGAAGAAAAUAACUUAAUGAUGCAGUCAUAUGAGUGAGAUUAGUGCUCAGAGUGCCUGGUAGUGGCCUGCUCUUUCUUUCAGCACUCACAAAGGUAUAGACCCACUUGAGGUCCAAAUGUGAUCUUUUAAGAUCCAAAAUAGCUGAACCUAAAAGUAUUAUUUGGAGUGCUUAAGCUGAUUGAUGUACUAUUCCCUUCUUUCCUUAAAGAUCCUCUCCUCUUCCGGUUAGGAGGCCCCCGGUUCCCUACAAAGACAGUAAACCACACAACAACCGCCUGAGUGUGGCUGGUGUGCGGGCUCAGCAUCGCCAGUCACCACGUGGGGCCAAUGGGGACCGAGCCAAACCUUUGAAGGGCAAGGAAAAGAAAGAGGCCCCAGCCAAAUCAAAAGACGACAAGGUAAACGACAACGUACCAUCAUGUGCUCAAAUAUGGACUGAAAGGUUAUUUGUUACACCCUUACAUAAUACACACAUAAUCCUGCUUGCUGUAGAAGUGCUCUGUCUUUUCAUUGUAAACUCACGAAAAUAUUAAGGUUAACUUUAUAAAUUAUAUCACUGUCCCAGGAUCUGGCACAGGGGAAAAGCCUAAUGCUUUGCCUGGCAUUACCCAACCUUAACUUGAAAACUAUUUGCACUGUUGACCAAACAUUGUUCACUCUGUGUGUUUACCUCAAAUCAUCACCACCUUGUCAGUGUGGUUCCUGGCUUAGAGAGAACCUCUGCCACACAAUAUCAUUGAGCCCCCUCAGGGCUGACAAAUAAUCCUCCUGAAUGUUUGCCUUGCAGAACAAAGCUGAAGUCUCAGAGAAAGAGGUGAAGAGGUUUGACGGGCAAGGAUAUGACAAAGACCUUAUUGAGGCCCUGGAGAGAGACAUCAUAUCACAGAACCCCAAUGUCAAAUGGUGUGUUUGACUGGCUAUCAAUUAACCUCCCUAAAUGGCUAUCAUUAACCUCCUGAACAGGAUUAUCCUAAAUAUAUAACAUAUGUUUCUCGUUGUAAGGGUUGUCUAACAGGAAAUACUUCUUUUUUUCCAAUGCCUAUAGGGAUGAUAUUGCAGACUUGGAAGAAGCAAAAAAGCUUUUGAAAGAAGCUGUUGUGCUACCCAUGUGGAUGCCAGAGUUUUUCAAAGGAAUACGAAGACCAUGGAAGGUAUACAUCGAAGCCCAAGGCCCUCUUGCUUAAUAGAUUAUUUUGAUUGGAAGAGCUGAUAUACCUUGCUAACAUGGGGUGUAUCCAUGUGCAAUAUUUUCUUAGGGUGUGCUUAUGGUGGGUCCUCCAGGCACAGGAAAGACUCUUCUGGCCAAAGCCGUCGCCACAGAGUGCAGAACCACAUUCUUUAACGUCUCGUCCUCUACUCUCACUUCCAAGUACAGAGGAGAGUCUGAAAAACUGGUCCGCCUUCUAUUUGAAAUGGUAAGAUUCUCCCUCAUCAGCGCCUCUGCCCGUGCAGAAAAUUAGUCUUCCUGAAAGAAAAAACUGGCAGCAUCAUAUUACAUGAGAUGUGAAAAUUAUGAUGUUUUUGAGGUGUUGUGGCUCUAGUUGGUGUUUCUUUUCUCCUCUGGACAGGCCCGGUUCUAUGCCCCCACCACCAUAUUCAUUGAUGAGAUUGACUCCAUGUGCAGCCGCAGAGGAACGUCAGAGGAACAUGAGGCUAGCCGGCGGGUGAAGGCAGAGCUGCUGGUCCAGAUGGAUGGUACAGUAACAGCAGCCACUCUGCUUAAUUGGAAGGCCCAAUUAAUUACAUGCGCGAUUCAUAUCUCUACACCAAUGUUUCUUGCCCAGUAAAUUAUUGUUACCUAAAUACAUAGCAGUGAUAAUAUCGAUGUGAUUGUUAAUGAGAUGUUAUGCUGUUUAGGUGUGGGAGGGGCAUCAGAUAAUGAGGAUCCCUCUAAGAUGGUGAUGGUGCUGGCAGCCACUAACUUCCCCUGGGACAUCGAUGAGGCUCUGAGGCGACGUCUGGAGAAGAGAAUCUACAUCCCUCUGCCUUCAGGUCAACAAUCACUGGAACACUGUUUUCCUGAAAUAUAUACAGUUCAAAACCUAAACAUAUAUUUGUAUUCACAAUGGUGUGUGUGAUUAUGGCUUGUUUUCUCUGCAGCUAAGGGCAGAGUGGAGCUGCUGAGGAUCAACCUAAAGGAGCUGGAGCUGGCCAAUGAUGUGGACAUGGCAAAGAUAGCAGAGCAGAUGGAGGGCUACUCAGGAGCAGACAUCACCAAUGUGUGCAGGUAAGGCCUUUAUUUUUCAGGUUUAUGUUCAUUUUAUUAUAAUAAUAAUAUUUAUUUUCUAAGCUCUUUUUCUCCCCAAUUUCGUGAUUACGAUCUUGUCUCAUCACUGCAACUCCCCAACGGGCUCCCGGAGAGGCGAAGGUCAAGUCAUGCGUCCUCCGAAACAUGACCCGCCAAGCCGCACUUCUUAACACCCACUCGCUUAACACGGAAGCCAGCUGCACCAAUGUGUCGGAGGAAACACCGUUCAACUGUUGACCAAAGUCAGUCUGCAGGCGCCCGGCCCGCCACAAGGAGUCGCUAGAGUGCGAUGAGCCAAGUAAAGCCCCACCGGCCAAACCCUCCCCUAACCUGGACGACGCUGGGCCAAUUGUGCGCUGCCCUAUGGAACUCCCGGUUACGGCCAGUUAUGACACAGUCUGGGAUCGAAUCCCCAGUCUGUAGUGACGCUGUAACACUGCGAUGCAGUGCCUUAGACCGCUGGGCCACUCGGGAGGCCGCUAGUUAUUUUUAUUUUAAACAAACAAAAACCAAUCGCAAGUAAACACUGAAUAGAUUAGUCAAGUGUAUUUGUUCCAAUACAGUUAUUCAGCUGAGACUAUCACUGAUUUGAAAACGAGAUGCCACUUCAAUGAAGAAAAAAUGGUGGAAAGAACCACUUAACCUUUUGUGAUAUGAGUAAUGUUGUGUUCCACUGCUUUUAGUGAACCCUGUCUCCAUUACGUCUGUAGGGACGCCUCUCUAAUGGCCAUGCGGCGAAGGAUCGAGGGGCUGACGCCAGAGGAGAUCCGUAACAUCUCCAGAGCAGAGAUGCACAUGCCCACCACCAUGGAGGAUUUUGAGUCUUCUCUGAAGAAAGUGUCCAAGUCUGUAUCAGCUUCCGAUCUAGAGAAGUAUGAGAAGUGGAUCGAAGAGUUUGGCUCCUGC